AUGAAGAUGAAGAUUAUUACCUGGAAUGUGAGGGGAGCUAAUGACAGCUCUAAGAGGAAAAUCAUUAAGAACUAUAUAAGGAAUCAGAGGGUGGAUCUAAUGUGCAUUCAGGAAACUAAGAUUCAGGAGAUGUCGGAGGGUAUAGUGAGAAGUCUGGGUUCGGGGAGAUUCUUAGAUUGGAGAGCCCUAAAUGCGGAAAGGGCUGCGGGUGGCAUUUUGAUAUGCUGGGAUAAACGGGUCCUGGGGAUUCUGGACUGGGAAGAGGGCCAGUUUUCCUUGUCUUGUAGAUUCAAGACCAUAGAAAAUGGGGCUACUUGGGUUUUUACGGGAGUGUAUGGCUCUUUCACCAAAGUGGAAAGGGAGGGUAUGUGGGAAGAACUUGGGGCAAUAAGAGGCCUUUGGGAUGAUCCCUGGUGUCUCGGUGGGGAUUUUAACAUCACUCUGUUCCAACACGAAAGGAGCAGCCAAAGAAGAACCAGCUCAGCCAUGCGGAGAUUUGCAGAGUUUGUGGAUGAUCUAGAGCUGGUGGACUUGCCCCUUCCAGGGGGGAGAGUUCACAUGGAGUGGGGGGCUGAAUAA